CUUUCUAUGAUAUCGUCCUGGUCGCAGUGAAUCGUCAUUUAAGGGCGAGGGUGGUUACAGCUGAGUUUUAUUAUCGGUUCGGUGAGUCCAAAUGGCGUCCAAUACCGACGAAAUACACAAAAACCUCAUUGAUUGCUUAAGGCCGCGGCUGCAAGAAUUUAUUACUGUGGAGCAGGUUGUGAACUAUUUACACUUUAUUGAACCAGCAAAGAAGGAGCAGAUCAGACAGAAAGUGGGAACCGAUGGGAACGUAAUAGCUGCAAAUUUCCUUUUAGACAUAGUCAUAAAUGAACAACAUACUGUAGGCUGGUUUAGGGCCUUCGUGGAUGCCUUGAUACAUGGUGGCAGUGAACAUGCAGCGGACUACUUAGUAAACGCUCCAAGCCCCGAAGUGGAGGCAGAGAAUGACUACUGUGUCCGGCUUAUUGAUUUAUUGGCUCCCAGUCUUGCGAAUAUGAAGACAAAGGAAGUGUGUAUCGAGUGCUACUCUAAGGAGCUCCUCACUACUGACGACAAAGAGCAAAUUUUAGCUAAAACGAAAAACAAUGGAAACGGAAUUGGGGCAGUUGAACUUCUCAGCAGAAUCGUGAAGCGUCCACCAGGAUGGUUUUCGACAUUUCUCGAAGUUCUGAGAGACACUGAACACAAAGAUCUGUAUGAGCUAACUGGAGGAUCACCUACUGAGACACAGGAGCCAGGUGACAAACAACCAGAAGCAGCGGCUGAAAUAUGUGAGAGCCUGAAGUCUAUGGAAAUCACUGCAACAGAGGAGCCUCAGGAUGAAUCAACAGAGCCAGGUGACAAACAACCAGAAGCAGCGGCUGAAAUAUGUGAGAGCCUGAAGUCUAUGGAAAUCACUGACACAGAGGAGCCUCAGGAUGAAUCAACAGACCUGUAUGGAAGCCCUGAGCAGUCACACAGCACGGAGCCCUCAAAGCCAGCUGGAAGCGACAUGGCAGCAGCAGCCAGAGAUCCGGAACUGGCUGAAAUUGUUCUUCGGGAAUAUCAGAUGGAUGUCGCCAGACCUGCCUUGGAGGGGAAAAACAUCAUCAUAUGCCUCCCGACAGGAAGCGGUAAAACCAGAGUUGCAGUUUAUAUUACCAAGAAACAUCUGGAUAGCAGGAGAGAGGAGGGAAAACCGGGAAAGGUGGUCAUCCUGGUGAACAAGAUUCCUCUUGUUGAGCAACAUUACUCCAAAGAGUUCCUGCCCUUUCUGAAGCCCACUUAUAAAGUGGAAAGAGUCAGCGGAGACUCCCAGCUUAAAAUCUCCUUUGCCAAGAUUGUGAAGAAAAAUGACAUCAUCAUUUGCACAGCCCAGAUUCUGGAAAACUACUUGGAGAGGGCUAACGAUGGAGACGAUGAAGGAGUGAACUUGAGCGAUCUGACACUGAUCGUCAUAGAUGAAUGCCACCACACUCAGAAAGGAGGCGUCUACAAUCACAUAAUGAUGCGAUAUCUGAAACAGAAGCAUAGGAACAAACGGCUGAUCAAGGAGCAGAAGCAGCCUGUGUCCCUCCCUCAAAUCCUGGGCCUGACUGCCUCACCGGGGGUUGGGAAGGCCACAAAAAUGGAAAAAGCAGAAGAGCACAUCCUGCGUAUUUGUGCAAAUUUGGAUGCUUCUAAAAUCAUGAGCCUUGGCGAUUUCAAAAAGGACCCGAGAAAAACUAUUCUGACGGUUGAAGACAGAAAGCAGGAUCCCUUUGGUGAUGUGAUCAAGAAAAUCAUGAGUGUUAUACAUCAACACGCCCAGUUGAGCCCCACUUGUGACCUGGGCUCCCAGAAUUAUGAACAGUGGGUUGUUCAGAAGGAGCGGCAGGCUGCAAAAGAGGAAGAUCAGGUGGUGCGAGUUUGUGCAGAGUACCUUCGCCAGUACAAUGAUAGUCUGCUUCUCAGCAACACCAUUCGCAUGUGUGAUGCCCUCACUUACCUGAACAACCACUACAAGGAGCAAAUAAAGAAGAAAACAGCCCCAGAAGAGGAGAAGAUACAAAUAACUGCUACAGAGAGAUUCCUCUUCAAUUUGUUUAAAGAAAACAAGGAGGAGCUGGAGAGGCUGGCAAAGAUUCCAGAGUAUGAAAACGACAGCCUGUCCAAGCUGAGAAUGAGAAUUCUGCAGGAGUUCAGCACCCGGGACGAGGCAAGAGGGAUCAUUUUCACCAAAACACGUCACAGCGCAAUUACUUUAAGUCAGUGGAUUCAGGAAAACCCCAAGUUUGCCGACAUUGGAGUGAAACCUUCCCAUGUGAUUGGAGGAGGAGACCAGAGUGAUGUUAAACCAAUGACAGCUGCAGAGCAAAAGGAUGUGCUGAAAAAAUUUAGCACGGGUGAAGUCAAUCUGCUGAUCGCUACUACAGUGGCAGAGGAAGGUUUGGACAUCCCAGCCUGCAACUUUGUUAUCCGAUAUGGUCUUGUGACCAACGAGAUCGCUAUGAUUCAGUCUCAAGGCAGAGGAAGAGCUGAGGAUAGCACUUACAUCGUGGUUGAUGUCAAGAACUCUGGAGUGGCUGAAAAGGAGUGUGUCAAUGAGUACCGUGAGGGCAUGAUGAUCAAAGCCAUUAAAAAAAUCAGAGCCUUAAAACAAGCAGACUAUGACAAACAGAUCACUGAGUUUCAGAUUCAGGCUAUAAUGGAGGAGAAGGUCAGACAGACAAAGCAGAAUCAGAAGGCCUUCAAAGAUGAGAGCCCAUCUGCUGUGAAGUUUAGCUGUCGACACUGCACCAAAGCUGUCUGCACCGGUGACGAAAUCCACAUCAUUGAAAAAAUGCACAGGGUCAACGUUACCCCACAGUUUCGUAAACUUUUUAUUCAAAAAGAAAACACGGCUCUUCAGGAAAGACUUCUGGAUUAUGAGACCAAUGGCUCGAUAGCUUGCAAAGACUGCGGUCAGCUAUGGGGCUCAAUGAUGAUGUACCGUGGGAUUGAAUGCCCCUGCCUCAAUGUAAAAAACUUUGUGGUGAACAUCAGCGGAAAAAAGUACAGCAAUUUCACCAAAUGGAAUGAGCUCCCCAUCAAGUUCCCUGCAUUUGACUACAUCGAACACGCCAGCCUGAUGGUGCAGAACAUGGAUGAUGAAGAAAGUGUGUGAAUGUCAAAAUGAAAAAUUAAAGCACUAUUUCCUGUUGUGUCCUACUCUUCAUAAAGUGGCACACAGAUACCCAUUAGCUACACUGUCACAUGUAAUACUUCCUUUCACUCCCGAAAUGUGAGACAGCUGAUGGUGAUGAAUUAUUUGUGUUUGUGUUUUCCCCCUAUUUUCUCUCAUCCCUAUCUUGGUAAAAGUAUUAUUUUGCAAGAUUGUCAAAUUAUGAAUGCACUUAAGAGAUUAUUGGUGAAAUGGAUAGUAUAAGAUAUUAGAAUUACUUGAACAAUAAAAAUAAAUGAU